AUGGACAAAACAUCGGAAGAAAAAAAGCGUGAACACCAAAUCAAAGUGAAGGCAACCAUUAAUCAAAAGCUAAUUGAAAGUGGAGAAAGAGAAAGAUUGAAAGAACUGCUGAGAACCAGAUUGAUCGAGUGUGGCUGGAGAGAUCAAUUGAAACUUCAUUGCAAAGAAAUCGUCAAACAAAAGGGCUUGGAAAACAUCACGGUCGAUGACUUGGUCAGUGAGAUAACACCAAGAGCCAGAAGCCUGGUCCCCGAUGAGGUAAAGAAGGAGAUGCUUCAGAGGAUCAAGGCGUUCGUCGGCCAGCAGUCGAACGCGUGA